UCAUGACUAAGAUUGAGAUUGUUUUACUAUGGAUUGUCUAGAGUCUUAAACGGACUGGUUAUUGGAUUUCAUCAAAAUAAGACUUGAAGCUUUUAUAUUUAAGCUUUUAUUUAUUUAUUUUUUAUUUUAGUUAACCUCAUGAAUCUUGUCUGCAACCAUUGUUGCCAACCUAGAUUUCCUUACCUUCCUCAAGAUGGGAAAAGUUGCUCAGGACAAACAGAAACCUCUCACAAAUAGUAAAGCACAAAGACUAACAAGAGCCCGUAUAGCUGCAAGCAAUGUGCCAGUCAAAUCACAGGAGAUUGCCAAAACAAUCAAAACAGACACCAAGCCAUCCAAGACAAAAAUGAAACAAGUAAAUCAUGCACAUUCCAAAAAAUCACCCAAUGCUUCCUUAGUGACUAAGUCUGAAAACAAUGACAUUGGUAUUAAAGAUGACAUUGCUGUGAGUGUUGUUAGUAAGAAAACAAAAUAUUCCAAUACAACAGUUGAGAGCUCAGACGAUUCUAACGGACCGCCAGCCAAAAAGCCCAAAUAUCAGUAUGUGGAUGCUGUGGAAAAACUAGAGAACAGUACCAGUGCUUUUGUUCCAAAGAAACUUGUGCUUGUUGUUGGAAAUUUACCAGAAGAGGUUACUAAAGAACAAUUGAUGGAGCAUUUCAAAAGAACAGGUGGAGUGAAGUCAGUAAAAAUCCCCAAACAGAAAGGGUCAGACCUUGGAAAAGGCCUUGCCUACGUGGAGUUUAAAAGCACCAUCAGUCAUAGGCUUGGAGUUAGGCUACACAACACUACACUUGCCGGCAAAAAAAUCUGUGUGGACUUUGCACCGGAUGGGAAGCUGACAGAGCGGAAGUUGACAGAGACCAUUCAACAAAAGGAGGAGAAAAAGGAAAUAAAGAUGCCUUUUGACACUUGAACCAAUGGUUGAAGAAGCUAGUACAAAGAAUUUUUUGGAAAUUCUUACCCAUUUUCUUGGUUCAUCACCUCUUUAAAAUAUCUGAGAAUAGAAGAUCGAAUUCAAUUUUUCAAGCCACUGCUUCAAGCAAUGAGCCAAGCUUCUGUUUCCUGUAUGAUACUGCAGGAGAAGCACCAAAAUAAGUAGUUCUUUAACAAAUUGCUAGUUUCUAUUUUCAAAAUUUAAAUUAUAAAUUAAAUAGCUUGAACUUAUAAUUGUGUUAGUUUUUACGAAAUAAAUUUGCUUUUUGUCAAUAUGACUAUUUAAGGUUGCUAUUAAAUUUGGUUGAAGUGACUAAAAUUGUGUAUUGGUGCGUAAAAAACAGACAAUAGCCCAAGCUACCUUACUACACAUGUAUGUUCUUUUCAUAGUAUUUACAUGUACAUGUGAGAUAAAGUGUCUAAGUUGACAUUUCAGAAUUGUAGCCAUUAAGCAAAUGGCUACAAUAGGUGUAUUUGAACAAAAGUACACUUAUUUAUUUUUUUGGCAAGAAAGAUAGCUCAUCGUGUAAAUACAUAUAAGCAUCUGAUUUGUUGGUGCUAUAUUGUGGGAAAGUGCUAUUGAUGUUGAAUGUAUAUAUAUAU